GAUUGCUAGACACACAAAAUGUUUUCUUGGUACAUUUGAAACGAGGUCUAUCUAGUUGUGGCCGCAACAGGACGACUCUUGGCAGAAUGCAUUGCUUGACUGCCUUGAUGAUAAUCACAAUAUCGUUCGUGAACUGCAGCACCCCAAACGAUUCGAUCUUAAAUUUGAGUUUGAUGAGCAGAGUAUGUUUUGGUUCUACAUCAUGCACAUAAAUUAAUUGCAUUCAUUAUUGCACUAUGGGUCAAUUAUCAGUUCUAAACACGUAUUUUCAUUUUCUAUGCUGUCUGCUGUGUGAUAUACAGUUGAUCGGUGCGUGUAUUAACCCUGCUAGAUUUCAUUGAGGCCAGCAGGUCAAAUAAACUACUAAAAUGAACGAGUCACUCGGAAAAUAGAAUUAUGACUCAAGUCAGUAAAAAGAGUCGUUCAAAAAAGAACGAAUCGUUCGCGAGCUGCACAUCACCACACAGUAGCCUAGCUACCUGUCAGUAACAUAUAGCACAUCAGAACAGCAGCAGGCACUCGCAUCACAACAACACGGUCGUUGGCAGAGGAAUGGGGGGUAGCUAGGUAGUUAGAUUUCCGAGAAUAAGGAAAAGCUCACUACAAUCAAGAUGGUGUCGUGGAUUAUCUCCAGGAUGGUAGUCCUGGCCUUCGGGACCCUCUACCCGGCCUACUCCUCAUACAAGGCCGUCAAGACAAAGAAUGUGAAGGAAUAUGUGAAAUGGAUGAUGUACUGGAUAGUGUUUGCAUUAUUCACGACGGUGGAGACCCUCACAGACUUGUUCAUGUCCUGGUUUCCUUUCUACUUUGAGCUGAAGAUAGCCUUUGUGAUCUGGCUCCUGUCUCCGUACACUAAGGGCUCCAGUGUGCUCUACCGCAAGUUUGUCCACCCCACCCUGUCCAAUAAGGAGAAGGAGAUCGAUCAGUACAUCACCCAGGCUAAAGACCGUAGUUAUGAGACUAUGAUGAGGUUUGGAAAGAGAGGUCUGAACUUGGCUGCUACUGCUGCCGUCACCGCAGCUAGCAAGGGCCAGGGUGUGCUGUCCGACAAGCUGCGUAGUUUCAGCAUGCAGGACCUGACUCUGAUCAACGAUGGGGAGGAGAUGGGCCUGCACUCCUCUGACCCCCGCAUGAGGAGAGAUGCCUUGGAUGACAUGGCUACUGGAGCCAACACGCUGCCCCGCGCCAAGACCACACGCCAGACUCGUUCCUCAUCUGCGGCUCCUCAUCUCGACGAAUCAUCGCAGCACAGCUCGGACCAAUCAGACACCAGGAGCAUCACCACAGAGCAUUCUGAUGAGGACAUUGUGGAGAAGGUCCCUGUGAAACGCACGGCCAGUGUCAAGGCAAACAAGAAACCCUCCACCGCCAAGACCGAGAUUCUACUUCUCUCAUUUCCUCUGGUGUCAACUCACUUUUCCCCAUCUCUCUUCCCCCUCUCUUCCUCCUGUCAGACUACGACUAAGACGGUGAAAAAGACACCAAAGAAGAAGACGACCACCACAGCUACAGCCAGCAACAACGCUGAGUCACCAUGACAUCUGUAUCUACUGACCCCAUCUCCACCCUACUGCACACUACUACAGCCAUGUAACAGGCCCUCUCUGUCUCCAGUCCACACACACACACACACACACACAGACCUCUGGAGUGUCACCCUCGCUGGUUAAGCGCAACUCGCAGGUUUAGUUCUACUGUAGAUGGCCAGCUUCAUGUCAACUCACAGGUUUUGUUCUACUGUAGAUGGCCAGCAGGUUUAGUUCUACUGUAGAUGGCCAGCUUCAUGUCAACAACACUUGUUUUAUUUAGCCUGCUGCUUACAUUCUAGGGUUUAUAGUCAUUAACCUCAGUGUGUGUGUUUCAGUGAUGGCCUGUUAUCUGGACUGAAAAAUAGUUGCUUCCUUCCUCCUGUACAGUUAAAACCCUCUGUGUUGGGGCCCUCCCAGGCCAUCCAAGGCCCCACACUGGAUUGACUUGACAUAAUCCUUUUGGCCCCCUUGGGAGCAUAGGGCAUCUACCAUGGCUCUCUAUCUCCCUCACUAUGCUAGAGCAUCUACCAUGACUCCCAUCUCCCUCACUAUGCUAGAGCAUCCAUCACGGCUCUCCUUCUCCCUCACUAUGCUAGGGCAUCCAUCACGGCUCUCCACCUCCCUCACUAUGCUAGGGCUUUGCUGCUUAGUAGGAGAUCCCCACUAGUUUAUUGGAGAUGCAUUCUCUAUGAACUUACAUUCCAGUCAGAGUAUGGUAACUCUAUUGGAGGGUAGCUGGGGGCUGCCAUGAAUGGAAAGGUAGACUAGUGGACUAGGCAUGUGUGAAGGAGAGAUAAGGGAGGCAAGAGAGUAGAGAGGGAUGGGCGCCAAAGGAUCAGUGUUGUCCUGGCCUAACUGGCCUCUACUCAACAUGUUCCCACUACAGAGACUACAGUCUCACCAUUGGUUGUAGCAGUAGUCCACAGAGCAGGUCUCUGUCCUUUUUGGGCAGUCUGUCUGACUACAUAGACGGGGUCAUGUGAUCUCUGGAAGGCAGAGGACAUUCUGGGAGCACUUGCCAUGGUUACCCAUAUCAUUCACUCUACUGUAAUGGAGCAGUAGACUGAUGAACACUUGGUCACGCGCCCACAGAGAGAUGAAGAGAUAUGUUUGUUCUUUCUCUCCUCUCCUCCCUCUGUUCUCUCUCUUUCUCUCCCUCUGGACAGCUCUACCCUCUCACUCCGUUCAGCUCAGAACGGUCCAAGGGAAAGACACACAGCUUCAGGCAUCAUUACCUUUUCUGUCUGACUGUGUGUACGAUGUGCAUGUGUGUGUUUUUGGAACAUGACCAAGCUUCUGUUUUUCCCCUCUCUGUUUUCCCAACUGCAUAGAGACACAAUGACAGAGUUCUCUGACCACUUAUAACAUAACCAUCCACAAGGUCUUGCACUGCAGCUCAUAGCAUAGCUAAACAGUACAGACAACCAACAGUUAAUUUCACUUUGUUAGACUUGUGCUUAGGGUUAUUUUUGUUUACUCUAAAUUGACUGGUUUAUAGGAUGUAAGAGUGGCUUAGUGGUCACCAAGCUAAUGUUAAGGCUCUGUUGAUACCAGGCUACAUUAUGGAUCACCACUAUGGAUCCAUUUCUUGUUUCAAUGUGUUUAUAUUAUCAGAGCUGGCUGUGUCAGGGUGGUGUAGUGCCCUAUUAGGAACUUCAGGUGAACCUGGCUUAGCUAAGUCUGGGUCUUACCUGGGUCAGGUCAUCCCAGUCUGACUAGGCAAAUUUCUGAGGGAUCUACUACUAUUGUAUAAUGUAUGACUGUCAAACUAGGUAUUGUAUAAUGUAUGACUGUCACUUCACAGUAUUUUGUCCAGUGUUUUCACUUCUAUUCCUGAAUGGGUUAGCUAUCCAUGACUGACUUCUACUUCUGGGACAGUGUCCACAAAGCACCUUGGGGUAGGAGUGCUGAUUUCCAUAUGAUCUUAUCAAUUAUGGUCUGAAAGGCCAAACUGAUCUGAGAUCAGCCCUAGACUCUGAGACGCUCUAUGUAUACAUGCCCAGAUCUGUGUUAUUCUAGGGUCUGGAUCAUAUCAUUGUUUCUCUGAACCAUAAGGAGAGCAGCUCUGCUAGCAUAUACUCUCUUAAUGUGUCAUCUCUGACUGUAGCCUCCUCAAACAUGGUGAAAACUGUCUUACCCUAUUAGAAUGGAUGAUGUGGACAAGUUAUUACAUCUUAGUUGGAUAAGUAAUGCUGUCUCCCAAUAGGGCCUAAAACUUUUAAAGGGAUGUGCUCUGCUAGUGUUUUACUUCAGAAAGACAUAGACAUUCAUCCAUAGCAUACUGGUUGGGCAGGCAGGGUACUUAGACUCUGUCAAGGCACCUAAUCAUUGCCCCUUAGAAACUAUUGCCUUGUCUGAAAUCUACCUUCAGACACUUCUUGUCAAUCUCCCUAGGUACUGCUGGUACUCCGGUAGGUUGCAAAGGAUUGCAUGGAUUUAGCUAAAAACGAUGUGGUAAGAACUCCACCUAGCUUCCUUGUAGGGUACAUUGAGUUUCCACCAUGUGCUUCUCUCAAAUCUAGUGUGUCUUGGGUUGGAACCUAAGGGGUUGAUUGUGGAUUGGGUAUGUGUUAGGGGUUGUUUUUUUAUGUGACAUGCCCUUGCUUUCGGCAGGGUUUAUUUGGAGUGCUCUGUAAUUGAAUGCAUGAGACUACUGCAUUUGUGUGUUGCCGUUGUCUGAAUUGUGACACUGAUUUGAACCAGUAGGGGGGGACAUAAACCACACAACCGUUUUAAAACUACUGAAGUGACUGCAAGGGGUACUUCCAUGUACACACUGUAUGUACAUAGUCAUUCUCUGGCUGUAUGAGUUUGCUUGCCUUAUCACUCUGUUCUAGAAUACAGGGUUUUUUCCCCCCACUUUUUAAAACUAGAUUUCUUUUCUUUCUUUGGAAUUUAAUCUAAAUCACAUUGCAUUUCCUUAAGAGGCACCUCAGCCCCUCUGUAAGGCCAUAUGCUGUGAAGAGUGCUACUUGUGUUUUUAAUCUCUUCUGAAUUUCUCUCUUCUAUCUCAACGAGAGGCAUUUUAAUUGGUCAGUGAUAGCCAAAUAACAAUAACAUUUCCUUGUCCCAGUCCUGUAGGACAUUGCUCAGUAGAGAAGGGGAAUUCCUCUGACAUUGUGUGUUUGGUAACUACCUAACUAAAGUCAUGUUGUCCCAACCCGUCUGUUCUUCCCUUACUAUCAGGCUGGUUACCUUAUCCACGGCAACAUGGCAAUUCCUUUUUUCUAUUCUGUUUUGCUACAGUUUGCACAGAAGAAAAGAUGGCACACACUGUAAACACAUUCUUGCUGUCAUGGCAACACUACUUGACAUUAUUUUAACCAUUGUUCAUAUUAUUUUGUAAUAUUUGUUUAUUUAUUGCUGUGUGUUUGGUAUCAGUGUUAUUGUGUACAGGAACUCUCAUUGUGAGAGAAUAUUCUACAUUAAUAUAUUUUGUGCCAAUUAUCAAUACUCCACUGUUAUAAAGGACAUGAUGUUUCUGUGCUGAGAUAAUGGUAUUUAACAUGGACUGAAUGACAGUCAUAUACCAAUAACAAUGCUACUAAUAAAGAAAAUAAAUCUUUA